AUGAAUGCCUCAUCAUCGCUCCCGCCCUUGAUCGGAUUUCUCCAUAAUUGUGCAAAGAAAUCAAAAAAUUCGAGAAGUGAUUGCAAAACCCAACCGACUUCCUCAAAAUUCUCCCAAUCGGGCCCGGGUGUCGUCAUCAUCCCCAUCAUCAUCAUGACUUGUUCGCGGGGAUAAAAGGCCCGGGAGGAUCCCUCGGGGUCUCAUCGUCCUCUGGAAGCAGAAGCCGAGAUGAGAUCCUCCUCCGUGGCCGCGGUCGUGGCCGCCUUGGCUUUCCUCGUGGCCUUGACCGCCACGUCCGUCCAGGGACAGGUCCACUCCGCAGAUCCCGGUCUCUGCUGCUUCGCCUACGUCCACAAGCCGUUGCCGCUGAAAAAUAUCGUCUCCUUCGAGUCCUCCAACCACAAGUGCCACAGCCCUGCCGUCAUAUUCAUCACCGUCACGGGACGGCGUGUGUGUGCGGACCCUCAGGCGCAGUGGGUGCAGCAGCGCAUCGCCGGACUCUCCGCCCAGCGGCCUCGACCUUGACCUUGACCUUGUCACUUAAUAUUUGUUUCGCUUCGGAGCGAAGAAUGUAUUGUAUUUAAAUUAUUGUAUUUGAAGCCGUUAUGUACUUGUGUAAUUUAACAGAGAGCGGAAUAAAUCUCAGGGCAAAAGGA